AUAGCUAUAUAGAGUACGUAGUUGAAAGCUCAUCAGUAAUGGAUCUGACGGCUUUUCGGUUAGCAUUCUCAGGCGGGUUAAUUGGCUUGGUGCAGCUUCUGCCACAGGGCUCUCUGCAUCCGAUAACCAUGAGGAUCGCACAGUACUCUUUUAUUUUAUCCGGGUUUCUGGAACUAAUUAAGCUCACUUUCCCCAAUUUUUAUAAGCCUCUUGUUAAACUUGUUUCGGAGGUCUACAGUUGGAUUUCACUGGCGAGUAUCACCUCGCUUUUGUUGCCAGCUAAGAUCAUGUGUCCCAUCUUCCUUUCUAUGCCUGCGUGGAAAAUACUUUGUUGGAUCUUCCUGAAAAUGGAGCAGCAUUUUGGUGAUACUGAGUUUUGGAGGUUUCUACUGAAUUUGAUGUUUGAUCUGAGGAGGAUGAUGAACAGGGUAUUUCAUAUGAGGGAAGUCUGGCCCAUACUUCCUCUCUGAUAUUGUAUGGUCUUUGAAUCCUCCACCACCUCAACUGUGGAAGGUUGGAAGCGGAGUCAGUGACUUGCGUCUCUCUUGCCUAAGGAGUAUAUUUUU